UCAUGGCCGUCGGCCAGGCGCUGCCCACGCGCUUUCCCUGCUGGUGCAAGGCCAUCUACUCGUGGGGCGGCGAGGGCGACCUGAUCGAGGUGCUCAACGCCGGCGAUGGCUCGUGGUGGAUGGGCCGCCUCAAGCGCGACAGGCGCAUGGUCGGCCUGUUUCCCUCCAACUUUGUCGAGCUGCUCAGUGAAGACUACCAGCCCUGGGCCCGCAAUGGCAGCGGCGGGAGCAUGUCGAGGCAGAACAGCGCCCAGGAACAGCCCAAGCCCGUGCCCCAGAAGCAGAAGAGCAUGUUCAGGAAGCCCUUCACGGCCUACGCUGCUGCAGGCGCCCCAAACCCGGCUGCUGCCGCCCGCGAACGACUCCGAGCAGGCGGCAUCAACGCGACCAACGGCACCGUCAAAACAAAGUCACACGGCGGUCACUUUACGCCAUCUCCUCUUACGACAGCAAUGAACGAUGUCAUGUCAUCUUUGCAAGACAUGACCACGACACAGAGUCCCGAAUCGCCCGAACAGGUUCCCGCAUCGGCAACGCCAUGGUCUCCGGAGGCCUUUGAUCAAGUGUACCAGGCGUCGGCCCAGAAAGUUCGGACACAGUCCGCCCUUGAUCAAGAUGAUGAUGACGAUGAUGAUGGACCACCGGAUGUCAACAACUACAUGCAGCGCAUGGAAAGUCGACUACGCCGGAUGCAACAGCAAGAGAAGAACCGGAGUAACGAAAUGUUUAUGGACGACGACCAAGGACCACUGGUACCACUGAAGACUUCGGGCACCGCAGGCCACAGACCGACAUCAUCUAUGGGCACCCUUGAGCAAGAAGUGGAGCGCAAAGGAUCGAGGGUACUCCGGAACCGCAAGUCUGCCUACGACAUUGGCCGUAAUGCACUCGGCCGCACAUUUACGAGCAAAACGAACUCAACGACUACGACUCAGACUAGUAGCAGCACUAAUCGCAGCUUAAUGUCCGGGCACUCUGCUACAAACAUGAGUGCCACUAGCGCUGGAAGCUAUUACCGCAAAAAGUUUGGCAAGGAUCGGCCCAAGAGUCUCAUGAGCAUAAAGGACACAGCAGGCAAAGGUUAUGGUUUCGACGAUGAGCGGCCAGAGACGCCUUUUACGGGUGUGACCUAUCACUCGAGUCACGCCUCCUCUCACUCGCGACCAAGCUCGAGCGACCAUCAGCAAGCCGCUAGCAAUACGCCAGCCACCGACGACCCUGAUCCGCUUGGUGGUUUGAGGCGGCCAAAGGCGAAGCGCAGCGGGUUCUUCAGAAAGAUGAUUGAUACUGCAAAGACGCAGGCGGCCAAUGCGCGCAGCACCAUCGACACUAUUAGUCGACCUGGAUCCCGAGCAGCUAGUCGCGCUGCAGGCCGUUCUAGCAGCCGUGCUGCAAGCCGCAUGGAUGCUACGGAGCAGAUGGGCAUUGAAGGCGGUCCUACAGUUCCCUCAACCAGCAGCUCAAGGGAUACGGGUCUCGGGACAGUCGACUGGGUACAAGUCCGGAGAGACAUUAACCGGUCCAACUCAUUGAGCAAGAAUGAGCGCGCAGAGCGUGCUGAGAGAUGCGAGAUGAUGGAUUACCCCGUCUUGAACCCCAUUGACAUUCUCUACGAAUCGGCUCAAGGUGACGAAGGCCUUGAUGGACUUCCCAUCACUGAACCAACUGAUUUUUCGGCUUGCAGUCUUGCCCACGUGGACAAGAGCGCACGCUUCAUUAACAGCAUUCCUCUCGGAACUAACCCUGCUACCCUGGCCCAGAGCUAUAUAUGCCGACCCUACCGGAGCGACAUUCAGCGCCUACGCGCCAUCUUCACCUGGGUGAGCGAGCGGAUCUCCUGGGAAGAGGAUUUUGAGGGUAAGAUGGAUCCGCGCCACGUACUGCAAAGCAAGCGUGGCUGCUCUGAAGAGAUUGCCAUGGUAGUGGCUGAAAUGUGCGCGUCUGUUGGCAUGCACGCUGAAGUGGUACGUGGCUAUCUGAAAACGCCGGGCGAGCCGCUUGACCUGGAGAGUGUUGCCAGACCGAACCAUUAUUGGAACGCGGUUAUUGUGGAAGGUGAGUGGCGCGUGAUGGACUGCUCCCUCGCUGGGCCUACUCAUCCGAAACGCGUGCAUUAUUCCACUGCUGGGACAUCCAUGGCUGAGACCUGGUACUUCCUCGCACGGCCACUGGAAAUUUGUUACUCGCAUGUGCCGCUUCUCCCUGAACAGCAACACAUUUGCCCGCCGCAGCCACACGAGGUACUCAUGGCCUUGCCCUGCGCGACGCCCACGUACUUCAAGCACCAUCUUAACGUGGUCAACUUUGACACCAGCAUCCUGAACUUGGACAAUCUCGAGAUGGCACAUAUCUACAUCGACGUACCAGAGGAUGUAGAAUGCGUGGCCGAGGUUGAGGCAAGAUGCUACUCUCAAGACAUGGAUGGUGACGUAUUCGAGAGCGGAGACAUAAUCAAAAAGCCAGCCUUGUCACAGGCGGAGUGGUUUGGAGGACAGAAGCGUUACACGGUCAAAGCACUUCUCCCAACCGAUGGAGGCCAGGGUGUCCUGAAAAUCUAUGCAGGACCUCGAGGACUGAUGCAUUCGAACAAGCUCAAUCCUCACAACCUGGCGAUUGGUCUGCCCUUGACGCAUUCUGGCACCAAUCCUCCCUACUCAUUCCUAACCCUCCAUCCUACGCCGCACGCCCAGAGACAUGAUCUCUAUGUCGCUCAGCCGCAGUGCGCAAGCUUGGCUCUGAACAAUACCUUUGUCUUUUGCGUCCGCCAACAUCCGUCGUCUCUCACGAAGUCGCCCGAGCCUAGCCCUGCAUUGCAUGGUCGAUCCUCCCCCAAUCCCUUCGCUCGGCCCGCAUCCGCAAUGAGUAUGCAAAGCAUAUCUGCGACGGGCUCUAACUACACCAACCCAUCUCUGGCUUCUUCGGGCUCAGGAGGCAGCGGCAGUACCAAGCCUGCGAAAUUAGCGAUACAGACACCCUCUGGUAAGAUCAUUCGUUUAACAAGGAAGAAUGAGCACAUGGGCGGUCUUAGCGAUGCCGAUGGCACAGCGUGGGAAACGGUCAUCAAAAUUGGAGAAAAAGGAACAUGGAGAGGUUUGGUUCUCGCAGAUCGCAGCGCGAGAUGGUGCGUCUUCGCUCAAUGGGAUCCGUCUCCAUCACCACCGAAGCACAUCACUAUGGACGCCGCUAUCGCUGAAUGGCAAACCCGUGCCGAGGCCCUCAAGCCCCUCAACCUGAAGCAAAUUGAGCCCCACCUUCUUGAGCUUGAUGCACACCUCACUCUACGCUCGCACAUUGUCGGCUACACACUCAGCGAUGCCGAUACGACAGUAUGGAAGACAAUUCGCGAGAACCGCGUGGCGCAUGCCUUUGUAAAGCAGGAUCUGAUGAAUAGCUUGUGUCGCUGGUUCCGCUACAUUGAGGAGGCGUACCCGCAGAGCGUGGUUGUUGUUAGCGGAGGACAGGGUAAAGAGGGGGCAAAGGGCAAGAAGGAGGGCAAGAAUGAUGAUGCCAACUACGACAUUGGUCUGCAGGAUGUGGGAGAUGGCAGCGGUAUUGUCACUAGGUUUCCUCCUGAGCCUUCAGGCUAUCUUCACAUUGGGCACGCAAAGGCUGCGUUGUUGAACGACUACUUUGCGCACGAGAAGUACAAGGGCAAGCUUUUGCUGCGAUUCGACGACACCAACCCCACCAAGGAGAAGCAGGAGUUCCAAGAUGCCAUUGUUGAAGACUGCGCGCUUCUAGGCAUCAAGCCAGACCAAGUCUCGUACACCAGUGACUGGUUUGACCAAUUGUACGAGACCUGCGUGCAGGCCAUCAAGGAUGGACUUGCAUAUGCAGAUGAUACGAUUCAGGAGAAGAUGCGUGACGAGCGCAUGAACGGCAUUGCUAGCGCGCGUCGCGACUCGAGUGUUGAGGACAACUUGGCACGCUUUGAGGAGAUGAAGAAGGGCAAUGAGGAGGGCCUGAAGUGGUGCAUUCGUGCAAAGAUGUCGGUCGACGACCCGAACAAGGCUAUGCGUGACCCCGUCAUCUACCGUUGCAACCCUGAGGCUCAUCACCGCACCGGCGAGAAGUGGAAGAUCUACCCUACCUACGACUUUUGCUGCCCAAUUGUCGACGCUCUCGAGGGUGUUACGCACGCACUCCGUACCACCGAGUACAACGACCGCGACGCGCAGUACCAGUGGUUCAUCAAGAACCUUAAGCUGCGCAAGGUGCACAACUGGGGCUUUGCUCGCCUCAACUUUGUCAAGACUGUCCUGUCCAAGCGCAAGCUCACCAAGAUUGUCGACGCAGGCAUCGUCACUGGCUGGGACGACCCGCGCAUGCCAACUGUCCGCGGCGUCCGUCGCCGCGGAGCCGUCAUUCCCGCUCUCCGCGAGUUCAUCCUCAAGCAAGGGCCCUCCAAGAACAUUGUCAACCAAGACUGGUUCGCCUUCUGGGCUACCAACAAGAAGCACAUUGAGCCCACUGCCGCACGGUACACGGCCAUUGACGAUGCAGGCCGCGUCCCGGUAACCAUUAUCGGCGCGCGCGAAGGCAUCAUCUCCGAGGACAAGCCCAAGCACGCCAAAUACGAUCUCGGCAACAAGAAGGUCGUCUUCAGCUCCUCGGUGCUCAUGGAGCAAGCCGACGCGCAAUCAUUUGCCCAAGACGAAGAAAUCACCCUCAUGAACUGGGGCAACGCCAUUGUGCGCAAAAUCUCGCACUCGCUCAACCCCAUCGACAUGGCCAAGAACGGCAUCGGCAACACCGUCACCGCCCUCGAACUCGAGCUCCAUCUCCAGGGCGACGUCAAGAAGACGGCCAAAAAAGUAACAUGGCUCUCCAAGGACCAGGAUCUCGUCCCCAUUGACCUCGUCGACUUUGACUACCUCAUUACAAAGGAUAAGCUCGAGCCUGAGGAUACGCUUGAGGACUUCCUUAAUCCAAGCACCGAGACGAGGACAAAGGCGCUCGCUGAUUGCAAUGUUGCGCAGCUCAAGGUGGAUGAUAUUGUCCAGUUUGAUCGCAAGGGCUUCUUUAGGAUCGACAAGGCGUUUGAGCAUGGACAGCCCGUUGUUGCGUUUCAGAUUCCCACGGGUAAGAGCAAGUAAGAAGG